CUGUGGAGAGGGUCAAGUGGAAUAACAUCUGGAUUUUUGGUAGAAAAGAAACAAUAAGGAUUACCAACAAAAGCACGUUGGGUAGAAAUGAUAUGGAUGCUGUAACAAAGAAAAACAAGCGAGAUGGAACAGAAAUCACAGAACGACUUAUCACAGAAACUGUUACCACCAGACUGACAUCUCUUCCCCCAAAAGGAGGCGGUAGCACUGGGCUCAAAACAACAGUUUAUAGCGGAGGAGGUGGAGUGGAGAAGCGGACAUACACCCAUGGGAGCAGCUAUGUCACAGCCAGUGGAAAUGCUAGAAUGAAUACCUCCUCUUCCUCCUACAAGCAAGCCACUGCUCCUUCCUCUACUGUCCCCAAAUCACCUGGCUCCACCUUUGAACGAAAAAUCUAUGGCACCCGCCAUGCAACAUAUGAAGGGAGUUCCAGUGCAAAUUCUUCACCAGAAUUUCCAAGAAAAGAUUUUGGUUCAUCUGCUACUAGAGGGCGAAGCCAAACCCGAGAGAGUGAAAUCCGAGUGAGGCUUCAAAGUGCUUCUCCAUCAACCAGGUGGACAGAAUUAGAUGAUGUCAAGCGACUGCUGCGGGGAAGUCGAUCAGCUAGUGCCAGCCCAACACGAUCCCCAUCAGGCACGCUCCCUAUACCUAAGAAAGCUGUUGUGGAAACCAAGAUGGUGACAGAAAGCAGUCAGUCAGUGUCAGGGACAUAUGAUACCACCAUCUUGAAUGCUGCCCUCCCAUCGUACAUGUGGUCCUCCACCCUGCCUGCAGGGUCUUCUCUUGGCGGCUAUCACAAUAACAUGGCCCAAAGCUCAUCUUUGAUCAACACAGCUGCCCAUUCAACUGGAUCAGUGUUUGGAGUCCCGAAUAACCUGGCCCCCAGUUGCCCUACUCUGAACACUGGUCUCAGCACUUCUUCCACAGUAUAUGGAGUUCAAAACAACCUAAUUCCAAGUACAAUUGGUGCUGCCAAUGCCACUACAACUUCUACUGGAACCACUUAUGGAGUGAAGAAAAAUACCAUGCAGAGUUCUAGCGUGACCAAUACUGGUGUGUCCACCUCCUCUACAGCUGCUGCCAACACCACAACCUCUCAAAAUGAUGACAUCCUGCGCAAGGACUGCAAGUUUCUCCUCCUAGAGAAAGAGAACAUCACUCCCAAAAAAGAGAUGGAACUGUUAAUCAUGACUAAGGACAGUGGGAAAGUUUUUAGUGCAUCUGGUACUGGUCUCAGUGGAGGCUCUUAUGCAGAAGAUACCCUUAAAAAAGACAAACAAGCCAUGUCUUCCUCUUAUGGUGGGGGUUCCUACUUGAAAUCAGAAACAAAUGGAGGGUUAAAAUCUGUUUCAACAAAGGACAAAGCCACCUAUGCAGAAAUCCAAGGUGAUGAUGGAUGUGGAGGGGCAGGUGCUGCUCCAGCCUGGUGUCCCUGUGCCUCCUGUUGUAGCUGGUGGAAGUGGCUCCUGGGAUUGCUCCUGGCCUGGCUGCUGCUGCUUGGGCUCUUGUUUGGGCUUAUUGCUCUAGCGGAGGAAGUAAGGAAGCUGAAAUCCCGUGUGGAGAGCCUUGAAUCCCGUGCCAAUUAUUGGCAAGUUCCUCCUGAUAGUGACCAAAGUGUACAUAUAAGCAAGGAUGCAAAGUAUGCCAGACUAGGAGCAACACUGAGUGAUAUGAAUGAGUAUCAGUUAUGGUCACUCAUGAAGAGCCGGCUAGAUACAGAGAUAAAUAAAGGUUAUUUCCGAGGGGAAAAAGGUAACCCAUUUUGUUUUCUCUCAGGUGAUAUGGGUGCCCAAGGACCAAAAGGAGAUCAAGGGCUCCCUGGCAUACCAGGUCCUCCAGGUUCAAUAGGUCACCCUGGGCCAGAAGGGCCAAAAGGACAGAAAGGCAGCAUGGGUGAAACUGGCAUGGAGGGUCCUAUGGGACAAAGAGGACGGGAAGGACCUCCAGGACCUCGUGGAGAAACUGGUCCACCUGGAGUUGGAGAAAAAGGCGACAGAGGUCCCAUUGGAGAUCCCGGAUCUCCAGGUCCACCUGGUGCCCCAGGUUCUGUUGGUUUGAAAGGUAUGAUGGGUUCACCAGGGCCCCAAGGUCCUACUGGUCCUCCUGGGCUUCAAGGAUUUAGAGGUGAACCAGGACUCGCUGGUGUUAAAGGCGAAAGAGGACCAAUGGGACCAUCUGGGCCCAAAGGUGAGCAAGGGGAAAAAGGACCCCGUGGUCUUACAGGUGAACCAGGCUCCAGAGGGCUGCCUGGGCCUGCAGGUGAACCAGGUGCCAAAGGAUCAGCAGGUCCACCUGGCCCAGAUGGACACCAAGGCCCCAGAGGAGAGCAAGGUCUUAUGGGAAUACCAGGCCCACGAGGCCCACCUGGACUUUCAGGAGAUGCAGGACAGCCAGGUCUCACAGGACCACAAGGACCACCAGGACUCCCAGGCAAUCCAGGACGACCAGGACCAAAAGGUGAACCUGGAGCACCAGGCCGGGUUACUACUUCAGAUGGUGGAUCAGCCGUUGCUCUUCCUGGACCUCCUGGACCCCCAGGAGCAAUAGGACCUGCAGGCCCACCUGGUGUCCCAGGUCCCAUUGGCCCAGCUGGUCUUCCUGGAGCACAAGGUCCUCGUGGUGAGAGAGGGCCCCCAGGUGAAUCCAUCAUUGUGGAAACCAGUAGACAAGAUGUUGCUUCUCUUGGAGCAAGCAUGGGUGGACUCCCAGGACCUCCGGGACCCCCAGGACCUCCAGGACUACCAGGUGCUUCUGUUGAAGGCCCACGAGGACCUCGUGGUCCACCAGGCCCUCCAGGCCCACCAGGCCCACCAGGGAGACCAGGCUCCUUUGUUCCAACAUCUGAAACUUUCUUUGCUGGUCCGCCUGGCCCUCCUGGUCCUCCAGGUCCAAAGGGAGAUCAAGGUCUACCUGGUCCACGAGGAUUCACAGGUGAACCAGGUCAGCCAGGUCUUCCAGGAAUUUCUGCAGCAGGUGCUGGCGUUGCUGUACAAGGACCACCUGGGCUUCCUGGCCCACCAGGACCCAAAGGAGACAAAGGUGAUGCUGGUGUACCAGGAGCCCCUGGCAUUCCUGGUGGAGCUGGAUCAAGAAGUGUUCAGGGCCCUCCUGGUCCUCCAGGCCCACCAGGCCCACCAGGGCAAGGAAUGAGUUCAAGGCGAGAGAUUGAACAGUAUGUCUCGGAGUACCUUCAGAGUGACAGUAUUGGGCGUUAUCUAAUUGGACCACAAGGCCCACCGGGUCCUCCAGGAUCUCCUGGAAUCACCAUUGGGAUUGAAUCUUUGGAUUAUGAUGAGUUGGCCCGCCGUGUUAUGAACUACAUAUCCACUUCAGGUUCCUCAUUUGGGAUAUCUUCCUCUUCUAUAUCCUCAACUGCAUUUACUUAUGACAAUCUUCUUGCCAUGUUGCAGAGAGAGGAUGUCCGGGCAUAUCUCACUGGACCCCAAGGUCCCCCAGGACCCCCUGGGCCACCUGGACUGGGAGGAGAUGGUUUAUCUGUAUCACUGGACUAUGAUGAAUUGACAAGAAGGGUGAUCAACUAUAUGACAAGUUCAGGCAUGACCAUUGGGCUUACUGGCCCUCCAGGUCCCCCUGGUUUACCUGGAACAUCUUACGAAGAAAUCCUUGCAUUACUCCAAGCUUCCGAAUUUAGUGGCAUUGUAGGCCCACCUGGUCCCCCGGGCCCACCAGGAAUACCAGGCAGUUCCACCCUCACUGCAGAAGGUAUUGCUGCCUACCUCCAAAGUGUGGGAUAUUCCUCACUUUCUGGACCUCCUGGCCCCCCUGGCCCCCCAGGUCCCCAGGGACCCCCAGGACCACCUGGCUUCUCUGGAACAGGCCUUAUUUCUGAUGGUGGAGGUGUUUGGACUGACCAGUUCAGGAGUGAAUUGAUCCAAUACCUUACUAGUGAUGAUGUACGUGGCUUCAUCAGAGGACCUCCUGGACCUCCAGGACCACCUGGCAACUUCAUGGCUGAAUCUUUUGCGGGGUCUCUAAAUUCAGAAUACGGCAGGUCUGUGAGUUCGAGCAGAACCUAUGAUGCAUCGCUAGCCAGAGGCGGCUCAUACAGCAGUUCAUUGGGAAGCAAUGGUGAAUAUGGGGCAUCCCUUGGAGCAGAUGGAUCUUAUGGUGCAUCACUUGGAGCAGGUGGCUCUUACGGUGGAUCGCUUGGAACAGAUGGAUCUUAUGGUGCAGCUAUGGGAGCAGGUGGCUCUUUUGGUGGAUCACUUGGAACAGAUGGAUCACAGAUGAGAUCAAGUGGUGUAGGAGCCUCCUAUAGUGGAUCAUUAUCUGGGUCAUUGGAUUACAAUGAGUUGGCAGCCAGAGUGUCUGAAAAUAUACAGAGCCGAGGGCUACUCCAGGACAUGAUGACUUACGCUGUGCAAGGACCGCCUGGGCCUCCAGGUCCACCAGGCAUCCCAGGCAUCAGCAAGGUCUUUGCCUCCUACGGCAAUGUCACAGCAGAUCUCAUGGAUUUCUUCAGAACUUAUGGAACGAUUCCAGGACCACCUGGGCAGAAAGGAGAAAUGGGAUUCCCAGGUCCCAAAGGUGAUCCUGGACCAAUGGGCCCACCAGGUCGCCAAGGACCAAGAGGUCCAAAAGGUGAAAAGGGUGAAAAAGGUGAAAGAGUAUAUGCUGGUCAAAGGAAGAGGAGAAGCAUAGGAGUCUAAGCUAUGAAGAGAAAUUAGGGCAGAAGCUUCAUCAGUGGUUUGUGGCUGUUCUUCCUAAAGCAGCAAAGAUAAAAGCUCUAAUUUUAGUGACUUCUACCAAGAAACCACCACUCCACCACUUAUGUUUGAUACCUGGCAAAUCAGUGAUUUACUUAACAUGUAAUCUUACAUUUAGAACUAGGGUGGCUUCCACGUAUCCCACUACCUGCUCCUUUGCUUGUUGUUAUCAGACAUGGAUUGGACCCAGAUACAACCCUCAUCUAGGUCAGAGGAUUUUACAUCAACAUGGCCUUGAAAGAUUCACUUAUUAUCUAGGUGAUACCCUAUCCUAACUCAGCUUUCUCAGAAGAAGAUUGGAUUGAAAAGUCUUUAGUAGAAACCAAACCACUACAAAUACUAAACAGUGUACAAUGAGAUAGGUUGGAUUGAGAGGUUAUGUGGUAGCUUACCUAUAGUCCGCAUGCCUUAUAACAAAGGAUCUGGGUUUUA